AAGUGCAGACCUGCUGCAUGAAGAUCUUCCCGGAGAUGCCGAAGAUGUAGAAAAGUCAGGGACCUCCCCAGAGGAGAGUGAUUGGUACAUUGAGGACCUGGUCGAAAACACCAUUGCCAAGGCUCAGACUACGGACUUUGAUAAGCAAAGAGAGCAGAUGCUUCGGCACGUACAUUACACCGCAGCGACGUCCCCCACAGGCUCCGGGCAAGGUGCGCCAAAGGACAGUUGGCAUAUCUCUGGGACGGGCGCCACCGUGCCUGAUGAUGCAGAGGCCCGGAUCGUCCAGAGCCAGCUGCACGCAGAGAAGCAAGCCCUGCCAGAAGACUUUGAGCAGAGGGUCAAGCCGCUGGUGGUGAACAAGACGGUGGUCCAUGCUACAGCUAUACCGCUGAACUUGCCAAGUGAAUGCAAGAGAGCGCCGAAGCAUGCCAUUGAGUUCGAAGAUGAUGAGACGUGCCCAGAUGCGUGCCCCCUCCUGGCUGAAGACACCGAAGGAGAGCAGCACUGUUACUUCAAGUGCGUGACGAAGACCGAGUGUGGUGUGCCAAAGAGUGGGACUAACCUGGCUCAGUCCGUCCCUGAUAUGGAUGUCGGCUUUUGCCGGCGAUGCUCGGUUCCAGGCUGCAGACUUUGUAACAGGACGGCCCACAGUGACGUGUGCGGAGACUGUCACCACGGCUUCAUACUACAAGAUGGCGCCUGUGUAUUCCAAGUGCCGAUCAUCGGAACUCUGGCGCAGAGCCUACUGUACUUCGCGCUGCUCAUUCCGGUGGCAUACUUCAUCAUCUGGUGUGCUGUGGAGAGCAUCACAGAGGAAGCUCCAGCGGAAGAGCGCCAGCUGUGGCCACUGAAGACGAACACCUUGAAGGUGCCCGUUGCAGGGCCAGGCUCGGUUCUGUUCUUCCGCUACCAGGUCUUCAUCAUGCUCCUGGCUCUUGUGCUUCUCGUGCUUUGGGUGCUCUUCAUUUGCCUUACCAAUGGGAGCCUUUCGGCCCUUGGAACAGAAGAUCCCAAAUCUCCAAGAGAGCUGUGCACGGUUAUUCAUCAGGGCUAUGAAACGCAGCAGAGAUACAUGUCAGCGAAAUCUUCCUUCAUCCUCACCGCGUACAUGACAUCCUUCGUGCUAUGUAUCCUAUUCGCGAUUCAUCAGAGGAGGACUUUCAACAGGCUGAACAUAUACCCGACCCAUGCGGACUUCAUGGCUCUGCUGGACGGUCUGCCGGCCAUUGCUGGCUCUGAACCGCUCGAAGAGCUGCUGAAAGCAGAGCUCGAGAAAGCCACGUCCCAGGAAAUUGUUGGGGUGUCAGUGGGCUGGCACAUGGGCGAGCACGGUGAACAGAUCCGAAAGGUCCUUGAAGAGGACGUCUUGGCUCUGGAGGACUUGAAAAGGGAGCAGGAAGAUAAAAAGGAUGCAGCUGAGACCGAAGUGCAGACUUUCUCUCGGCAGCGGCCCAAAUGGCUUCGCAUGUUCGACAAGGUGAUGCUGACAGGCAUACUGGGCAUCGACACGGUCCCGCCGCCGCCGGAAGAAGUGCAGGCAGCUCUGGCAGCGCAGGCGGCCCCGUCCGGAGGAGCCGGAGAUGCGCAAAAGCCUGAGAAGCCAGAAGCCAAGGAGGCAACAAAAGAACCGGAAAGCAAGGAAAAGGAGGCCGAGAAGAAGGAAUCUGAGGGGAAGGAAAAGGAGGCAGAGAAGAAGGAUCCGGAAGGGAAGGAGACAGAAAAGAAGACUGAGGGUGCUGAGCCCUUGGCCUCUUCUACAUCUGAGUCCCCGGAGGCAUUGUGCAACAAGAUUCAAAGCUCCCCCAUGGCCUUGGUGGUCUUUAAAACUGAGACUGGCAGAGAUGACGCUUUGCAGAAGUGUCAAAGCAUCACCUUCAGCAAAGAAACGGUGAAGUUUCGACCUCUGGUCACAGAGCCAAUGGGUGUGCAGUGGGAGAACAUGGCUAUCACCCCGCAGAUGCGCCGCGAGCGGCUCUCUGCCAGUGUCAAGCUGAUAGUCAUGGCCAGUGCAGCUUGGACUGUCUGUUUCUAUCUCCCCUAUGCCCUCUAUGCCUCCUCCUUCUCCUACUCCAACGGCGACAAGCCAUCUGCCAUGAUGAGCGUUUCCUUGACGGUUAUUGUGGUGCUGGGGAACCUGAUCAUGUACACGUUUUGUGCGGAGGCGGCCCAGCGUGUUGGGCACAUGCUGCGAGACACACAGGAAGGUGUUUACAUGGUCUUGUAUACAUUCGCCAUUCUCUUCAACAUACUCUUGGAUGCUGCGGUUGGAGGAUAUAUCGCUUAUCGAACUGCGGUGGCAAACCAUGCGAGGACCUACGGUGGUAUCCUUGUAGAGGACCUCACCCGCGCUCAAGCCAUCUUUGAGAGCUUCGAAAUCCAGCGACAGCUUUCGCUUCAGGUCUUCAAAUAUUGCUUUCCAUCCAUGUUCCUGAUCCCGUUCAUAGGAGAAGCCGUGGCGGCGAAUUGGUUCACGCUGCAUCUGGCUCGCCUCGUUGUCACAACGUUCCCGCACAUCAAGGGCUACAAAGCGCAGCAGGCUCUGAAAAUCUUUGUGCCCAUGGACUCUGGGCGGUAUGCCGAUGUGCUGAUCAAUAUCGCUGCGGCAGUUCUGAUUUUCUUCUUGCCUGGCGGGUACACCGUGGCACUUCUUGUAGGCCUGCUUGUGUCGCAUGUGUUCAUCAUUUGCUUUGACCACUUCCGCGUUCUUCGCUGCGUUCCCUCAUUCUGUUUCAGCAGCUCUGUGGUUGACGACUAUGCGCAGCUGCUUCUGAUCAUUCCUUGUGCUUUGAUGCUCACAGCCUUUGUGCAGAAGUACAACUGCUCAACAGACUCCAUAUGCAUUCAGGACUCCUCGCUUGGUUUUACCUUGCUGGCGGUCUUCCUUCUUCACUGUGCAAUGCACUGGUCUGCGCUGAAGACUCUGGUGCCCAAAUUCGGUGACGUGAAGGAGCAUGUGCCGACGAAGCUGAGCUACCAGGAGGUGGCUGCCAAGAUUGCCCCGUCGUGGUUCAACUUGAACCCGGGCUUUUGCCUUCGGUCCAAGUACUUCUACAAGCACGAAAAGCCUUGCACCUUGCUGGUCCAGGGCAGGGAGCACGUGCUUCGAAAGAGC